AUGAGCCUCCUUUUCUGCCUGGUUCUGAUGACAUCUGGCCUUGCGUUAGAACACUUUAGUUUGAACCUAGGUCCUGUCGUUGACUUGGGAUACAUGGCUUUUGCUGGCAAUGACACGUCUCCAAACGGCAUACAGCCUGGACCAGUUGUCUUCUUCGGCGGUAUUCCGUAUGCUCAGCCACCGGUGGAUGCUCUUCGGUGGAGAGCUCCUAGAUCAAUAGAUGAGCACAUUAUUACAAACGAGAUCAUGGAUGCGCGGAAUUGGGGACCCCCUUGUUUGCAGGUCCCCGCAAUGGUAGGCAUAGGUUCAGAAGAUUGUUUGACGUUAAAUGUGUGGAAGCCCAGAAAUGCAAGCAAAGGUGAUGCCCUCCCUGUGGCCGUCUAUAUACAUUCGCCUCAAGGAUUCCCACUGUAUGAUUGGGUUGAACAACAUGACAGCGGGCUGGUUGGCGUCUCCAUUGCGUAUCGACUCGGGAUUUUGGGAUUCUUGGGCGGGCACCUAGUUGCAGCUGAUGGGGAUUUGAACGUCGGCCUUUUAGAUCAACGCGCCGCUCUUGAGUGGAUACAAAGGCAUAUACACAACUUUGGUGGUGACCCCGACAAUGUCACUAUAUACGGUGAAAGUGCCGGAGGCGCUAGUGUAAUGAUGCAAAUUACCGCCUAUGGCGGAACACGACCUGUCCCCUUCAAGCGAGCAGUAGCGCAAUCCAUCGCAUUCGGACCUACGCGCACAGAUGUCGAAGUCGAAGAAACAUUCAGUAACGUCGCGCAACUUGUCGGAUGUCCGUCGCGUGGCACAGAUGCUUUGCGGUGUCUUCGUAAAGCAUCUCUUGGUGCUAUCGUUAGCGCCAGCAAUCGUCUUCCGGCCACAGAGCCUUCCCAGUUUGCGCCAGUGGUGGAAGGAUCGACAGGUUUCAUGCCUGGCCUCCCGACUCGAUUGAUAGCGUCCGGUAGAUUUAGCCCUGUAGAGUACAUUGGAGGCCAUUGCACUGGAGACGGUCGUACCUUCACUCUUGGCCAACCCAGCGACUACCAAAAUGACGAAGAUAUCAAGGAAUUAAUCCUAUAUUGGUGGCCAGCACUAUCCAAUUCUACCUUACACAAGGUGUUGAGGUUGUACCCUUCGCCAGAUGUACCUGGAAGUCCUUUCCCCACGGACUGGGAUCGAGCGUCGACCAUUGCAAGAGAUAUUGACUUCUGGUGCUUGAACUGGUUCCUUGCUGAGAAAUUGAUCGAUUCUGGCAUCGACAAUUUUAGAUGGGACGCACCAGACACCGUGUUAUACGAGGCUCAGCCUUAUCUUGGCGCCAUGCAUACCUCGGAUGUCUACUACCUCUUUUCAGGAACAAGCACAUUUGGAAAUGCGGGUAAUACAUUUACCCCAUUCAACACUAGUGAGGCAACUCUUGCCAAGGAAGCGAUAGCAUAUUGGACAACAUUUGCUUCAAGCGGAGGCCCAUCUUCGUUCAAAGCUUCUACCUUUGCCUCGUCGUGGGAGAAAUACGUCACACCUAAUAAUACUCGGCAAAGGAUGGUCUUUAUUCGAGGAAACGAUACAAUGACUGCGUCGCAGAUGAAGCCUAAUUAG